AAAAUUGCGAUAUGGAAACGAUGAUUUUCGUUUGGUUCCAUUGAAUAAAUAUAAGCGGCAAUGUCUGUGUCUGCAGACUACUGCGAUACUAUUAACUUGUACUGCAAUGAAACAGCUAUUGAAGUAGUUUCACUAGAAGCUGACAUUGGCGAAGUUGUUGAAACUCAUUCUUCCAAUAUUCUAGCUGAUGAUGAGAGUUAUACUGAUAGUAUUUUCGAUUCUGAGCUUGAUCAAAUGCUGGAACCCAAGUUAGUUAAGCGACUUCUGGAGCUUCCAGACAUUGUCACUGCUCGUCGAGAUGCAGUAAAUUGGAUACUAAAGGUGCAUGCUUACUACCAGUUUAGGCCUGAAACUGCAUAUCUUUCUGUCAACUAUUUGGAUCGUUUCCUCUCAUUUCAUUCUUUGCCACAAGGGAAAGGAUGGCCAAUGCAGCUGUUAGCAGUAGCAUGUCUGUCAGUAGCUGCAAAAUUGGAGGAAACAAAUGUUCCACUUCUCUUAGAGUUGCAAAUAUUAGAACCGAGAUUUUUAUUCAAGCCAAGUACAAUUCAAAGGAUGGAACUUCUAGUCAUGGCAAAACUCAAGUGGCGAUUACACAUCAUAACACCUUUCUACUUUCUGCACUAUUUCAUUGCCAAGCUUUCAUGUGCCAGUCCUGAUUGUAAUAAUUUCAGCUCUGUUUUUCCGCGUUCCUCUGAUCUUAUAAUCAACAUAUGUAGAGUGAUAAAUUUCUUGGAUUAUACUCCAUCAGCAGUAGCAGCAAGUGCAGUGCUUUGGGUGACUAAUCAAACAGUUGAUGACCCAAAAUUGGAGUGCUUACACGAGAAGGUGAACAGAGAUAAGGUGAAAAGAUGCUACAAUCUUGUCAAGAAGAACAUGUCUAAAUUGUCCAAUGGGACUAUUCCUGCAAGAUGCCAUGCAAAGAAGUUUUGUGCAAAGGAAUUCAAGUCAAGACACAGCUCCUCUCCAAAUAAGUGCUAAAAAUUUGAAGUCGCGAAAUUUAUGGGAUGAAAGUUGAAGUUUGCAUUUAUUUUUUGCCAAUUCUAUCUUUAGGAAUAGGAAAAAACAAAACAAUUGUCAGAUUGUCUUUUGUUUUUUUUGUUUUGGUGUGUGCGUGAAUGUGUUGCCAUUGCAAGGCAGUGCUGAUGAAAGUUGUACGUCAGAAAUUAUUAAGAAUAGCAACUGUGAGGCUUGAAAGUUGA